AUGGUUGUUUUGCAUCCUCUAAAGGUUGUUAUAACUAAUUUAGAUUAUGGAACAAUAAUAAACCUUGAUGCCAAAAUGUGACCUGAUGCUCCUGACGAUGAUACUUCAGCCCACUAUAAGGUCCCAUUCUCAAGAACUGUCUACAUCGAGCAAUCUGAUUUUCGCCUAAAGGAUUCAAAAGAUUACUAUGGGCUUGCUCCUGGUAAAUCAGUACUACUAAGAUAUGCAUUCCCAAUAAAAUGUACGGAGGUUAUCUGUGGUGAUAAUUCGGACAAUAUUGUUGAAAUUCGAGUCGAGUAUGACCCUUCUAAGGCUACAAGAUUGUAGGGUGUGUUGCACUGGGUUGCCGAGCCUUCUCCCGGGGUUGAGCGACUCAAAGUUGAAGUCAGAUUGUUUGACAAAUUGUUUCUCUCAGAGAUAUAGUAUUUGAAUCCUGCGGAGCUCGAGGAUUGGAUGGGUGAUCUCAACCCACAGUCGAAGGAGGUGAUAAAGGGUGCAUAUGGUUGUGUACCUUCACUUGCAAGUGCAGUUCUUGGGGACAAAUUCCAAUUUGAACGCCUUGGUUACUUCGCUGUGGAUUCAGACUCGACGCCCGGGGAAUUGGUGUUCAACAGAACGGUUACCCUGCGGGAUUCCUAUGGAAAAACUGGACCCAAGUGA